AAGGUGUGUGCACAUUAAGCAGCGUUUUGACAUUGACGAAAUGAAAACGUAAAGCUUUCCACUGAAAUGUCGACCACAACAUUUUUCUCAGCUGAUGAAGUGUCUUUAGAACGUAAAGCUGAUGCUGAUGUUGAAACCUGUGUUCGCACCGCUGAUGGAGAUAUUAACAAAGUGUAUGAAGUGAACAAAUGUAUACAGUGGAUACAAGAAAGGAAUCUACAAAGGGUGGCGCUGCAGUUUCCUGAUGAGCUGAUGUGUGAUGCUGUACCAGUGACGUCGGCUAUCAGUAAGGCAGUGGAUGGCCAGGUGUUCAUCCUAGGUGAUACAUCAUAUGGCAGCUGCUGUGUAGAUGAGGUGGCGGCACAGCACUACAAUGCAGACGGUCUGAUCCAUUUUGGUCGCUCGUGUCUCAGUACCACCCAGCGACUUCCUAUCCUGUAUGUGUUUGGCCAAUCAAGUAUCAGCGUGGCAGACUGUGAAGGAAAAUUUCGGGAGUUGUUCCCUGACACGGCAAAUCCAAUUGUGCUGUUGUACGAGACUGGCUACAGUCAUGCCAUAGAUAAAAUUAAAGAAGCCCUGGAAGGAGAUUAUCAAAAGUUGGUUGUCUCUGUCCUUGACAUUCCUAACCAUUGUAGAACAGACCUUCAAGGUCAAGGUGACUGUACAACAUGCAAAAGACAAGGGUUCAAGGUCACUAAAUGUGGGAGGACCUUUUGGCUGCCAGAGGAGGGUACCCUUAGCAAUUACUCCAUGUUUUAUAUCGGAUGUGAAAGUUUGACUCUAACCAAUCUGAUGAUGACGUUCAAUACAAAUCAGUUUUAUUCCUACAACCCUUUAACUCAGACGGGUCGCAAGGAAAGUGUGAAUAUCAACCGUAAGUUAAUGAAGCGAUUUUACAUGAUUGAGAAAGCAAAGGACGCACACAUAUUAGGAAUAGUAGUAGGAACUUUAGGAAUCACAGAUUAUUUACAGGUUAUAAUUCGGCUGAAAGACAUGGUGAAAAAAUCUGGAAAGAAGAGUUACACUUUUGUGGUGGGGAAAUUAAAUCCAGCGAAGCUGGCCAAUUUCAUGGAGAUAGAUGUGUUUGUGUUGGUGGCAUGUGCUGAGAAUUCUCUCCUGGAUUCGUCCGACUUCUACAAACCCAUUGUGACACCAUAUGAGUUGGAGAUCGCUUGUAACACAGAUAGGGAAUGGACAGCAGACUACGUUACAGACUUCAGAAGCCUGCUGCCAGGAGGUGAAGACCAUGUUGCUAUACCCGUUACACUGGCGGUACAAACAGAUGUUUCCUUGGUAACUGGCAAGCUGCGAACCAUUGGCGUGACAGAGGACAUAGAUGUCACCUCCACGGCGAUGUUGCCUAGAAACCAAAAUAUGGCUGUGUCAGAAGUACCAGCAGACACUGCAGGAGAGUAUCUAGCAUCAAGGUCUUGGAGAGGCUUAGAACAGCAGCUGGGAGAAACAGAAGUGACAAAAGCUUUGGAGGGCCAGAAGGGGAUAGCAGCAGGAUAUACAAAUGAACUAGAUACAGGCAGUUGAUCUGGCCAACAUCUUUUUAUCGCGAUAAUAUGAAUGAGUGAUAAUAGUUCAAAAGCAAAGUUCUUGAACCAAUGAAGUAAUGAUGCACGUUGUCUUCCAAGAAAGACGGACAACUGAAGACAAUGCACUAAAUUGAAAAAUCAGUAUUUUAUGCAAAUGUUAUGAAAAAACAGGUAUAUCAUAUGAUUUCGUCCUGAAACAGAAAUGAACCCAUGAAGUAUGUGAGAAAAGUAUAUUCCAUACAGACAGUCAUGCUUUCUGUAUGCCCUAUAGUAAUAAUAAAAGUUAACACAACUCCAUAUGGAAAAUAACAAAAUGUUAAAAUCAGGCUAUGUUAUUGUUCUCAUUGUUUUUAAUACAAUGGAUUUUCUCCGUAUUGAAGAAUAUAUAUCGCCAAGCAUUGUGCCUAAUGAGAUGUUUCUCUAUUGUAUCCUGCAAUCUUUAUGUCCAGUUACCAUUGUUUGUGCCACAAAGCAUGUUUGGCUGCUAUGAAAUUUAUUUAUUUGUAUCUAUAAUUCAAUAAUACAAUUUUACAGUAAUUCAGUACAUUAUUUAAAUAUUA